CCGUCCCGCCGCUACUCCCCUCGCCGAGAGAGCUCUAGGGUUUGCGUGCCAGAUUCGCCGCCGAAUUUUUUGGGGAGAGGCAUCAUGUUGGUCUACCAGGAUCUGCUUACCGGUGACGAGCUCCUGUCGGAUUCGUUCCCGUACAGGGAGAUCGAGAAUGGUAUCCUCUGGGAAGUCGAUGGCAAGUGGGUCGUUCAAGGAGCUAUUGACGUAGACAUUGGUGCCAACCCAUCUGCCGAGGGUGGUGAGGACGAGGGUGUUGAUGAUCAGGCCGUUAAGGUGGUUGACAUUGUGGACACCUUCCGUCUUCAGGAGCAACCUGCUUUUGACAAGAAGCAGUUUGUGACCUUCAUGAAGCGCUAUAUCAAAACCCUCUCUGCCAAGCUGGAUGCGGAGAAGCAAGAGGAAUUCAAGAAGAACAUUGAGGGUGCCACCAAGUACCUCCUCGGAAAGCUCAAGGACCUUCAGUUCUUUGUUGGUGAGAGCAUGCACGAUGACGGCAGUCUGGUGUUCGCCUACUACAAGGAUGGAGCCACUGACCCAACAUUCCUGUACUUUGCACAUGGGCUGAAGGAGGUCAAGUGCUGAGUGCUCCUUCUGCUCGACACUGGAUGUUAUCUAUGCAGUCCGCCGUAUUUUUGGUCUAUCUAUGUCAGUUGACUCAUUAGUGUCCAAUGUUGGUGUCAGUAACUAUCGUUUGCCUUGUUCUGGAUGUUGAGAUGAGUCCUUUAAAAAACCUCCGGAUUAUUGGGUUCAUGAGCUCCUUAAUGUUUGGAACGCGUAUUAUUUGCUUUGUGAUGGCUGGAGAAAAGAUAAUGGAUGAAAUUGUUGUGGUAA